UUUGACCAGGAAAGGAGCACCGGCCAGCAGGGUCUUCUGUUAGUGGCCACCACCUUCGCACAGCCACCUCUCACCAGAGGAGUCUGGUCUCCGCAGCCCCUGCCUCUCCCCUCGUCGUGUCUCGAGUUGAUAUAUAUAUAUAUUUUUUAUUUUAUUUUUUUUUUUUGUCACUAUAAGCUGAGGGGGACUUACGGAGUCCUGACAGAGGCGGAACGAUGACAGCUGUCGAAACCCAAAUUACAUAUAACACCUCCUAUACGAUCCAACAUGAAGAUACGUAUAUGACCCAGGAGGAGGACUGGGACAGGGACCUGCUGCUGGACCCUGCCUGGGAGAAGCAGCAGAGGAAGACCUUCACAGCUUGGUGCAACUCCCACUUGAGGAAAGCUGGAACACAGAUCGAGAACAUUGAGGAGGAUUUCAGAAAUGGCCUCAAACUCAUGCUGCUGCUGGAGGUCAUUUCAGGCGAGAGGCUGCCCAAACCCGACAAAGGAAAGAUGCGUUUCCACAAGAUUGCCAACGUGAACAAAGCUCUGGACUUCAUCUGCAGCAAGGGGGUCAAGCUGGUGUCUAUUGGUGCAGAGGAAAUCGUCGACGGUAACGUGAAGAUGACCCUUGGUAUGAUCUGGACCAUCAUCCUGCGCUUCGCCAUCCAGGACAUCUCUGUGGAAGAGACCUCCGCUAAAGAAGGUCUGCUGCUCUGGUGCCAGAGGAAGACUGCCCCCUACAGGAAUGUCAAUGUGCAGAACUUCCACAUCAGCUGGAAAGAUGGCCUGGCGCUGUGUGCCCUCAUCCACAGACACAGACCUGACCUCAUUGACUACUCCAAACUGAGAAAGGACGACCCCAUCGGUAACCUGAACACGGCCUUCGAAGUGGCCGAGAAGUUCCUGGACAUCCCCAAAAUGCUCGACGCUGAAGAUAUCGUGAACACACCCAAACCUGACGAGAAGGCCAUCAUGACCUACGUGUCCUGCUUCUAUCACGCCUUCGCCGGAGCCGAGCAGGUCAGAUUUAUGGUUUCACGUCUGGAGAGACUGGACCACCUGGCCGAGAAGUUCAAGCAGAAGUGUGGCAUGCAUGAAGCCUGGACUGCAGGUAAGGAGGAGCUCCUGUCUCAGAAGGACUACGAGUCGGCUUCUCUGAUGGAGAUCAGAGCCUUGAUGAGGAAGCACGAGGCCUUUGAGAGCGACCUGGCCGCUCACCAGGACAGAGUGGAGCAGAUCGCCGCCAUCGCCCAGGAGCUGAAUGAGCUGGACUACCAUGAUGCUGCUACGGUGAACGCCCGCUGCCAGGGGAUCUGUGACCAGUGGGACAACCUGGGGACCCUGACCCAGAAGAGGAGGGACGCUCUGGAGCGUGUGGAGAAGCUGUGGGAGACCAUCGACCAGCUGUACCUGGAGUUUGCCAAGAGGGCAGCUCCCUUCAACAACUGGAUGGACGGAGCCAUGGAGGACCUGCAGGACAUGUUCAUCGUCCACAGCAUCGAGGAGAUCCAGAGUCUGAUCACUGCUCACGACCAGUUCAAAGCCACUCUGCCCGAGGCCGACAAGGAGCGCAUGGCCACCGUCGGCAUCCACAACGAGAUCCUGAAGAUCGCCCAGACCUACGGCAUCAAGCUGUCCGGAAUCAACCCAUACACCAACCUGAGCCAGCAGGACAUCAACACCAAGUGGGAAACUGUGAAGCACCUUGUACCCCUCAGAGACCAAAUGCUGCAGGAGGAAGUGGCAAGACAGCAGGGCAACGAGAGGCUGAGGCGCCAGUUUGCUGCCCAGGCCAACAUCAUUGGACCCUGGAUUCAAACCAAGAUGGAGGAGAUCAGCCACGUGUCUGUGGACAUCGCAGGCUCCCUGGAGGAACAGAUGAACAGCCUGAAGCAGUACGAACAGAACAUCAUCAACUACAAGUCCAACAUCGACAAGCUGGAGGGAGACCACCAGCUCAGCCAGGAGUCGCUCAUCUUCGACAACAAGCACACCAACUACACCAUGGAGCACGUCCGUGUGGGCUGGGAGCAGCUGCUCACCACCAUCGCCAGAACCAUCAACGAGGUGGAGAACCAGAUCCUGACCCGCGACGCCAAGGGCAUCAGCCAGGAGCAGCUCAACGAGUUCAGGGCCUCCUUCAACCACUUCGACAGGAAGAGAAACGGCAUGAUGGACCCAGACGACUUCCGUGCUUGCCUCAUCUCCAUGGGUUACGAUCUGGGUGAGGUUGAAUUUGCCCGCAUCAUGACGCUGGUGGACCCGAACAACACCGGCGUAGUGACCUUCCAGGCCUUCAUCGACUUCAUGACCCGCGAGACCGCAGAGACCGACACCGCAGAACAGGUCAUGGCUUCCUUCAAGAUCCUGGCUUCAGACAAGAACUACAUCACAGUGGACGAGCUGCGCAGGGAGCUACCGCCCGAGCAGGCAGAGUACUGCAUCAGCCGCAUGACCAGAUACAUCGGAGCCGACGCUGCCCCUGGCGCCCUGGACUACAUCUCCUUCUCCAGCGCCCUCUACGGAGAGAGCGACUUAUAAACCCAGCUGCUCCCGCCUCGUGUUCUCCUCCUCCUCCCCCCCAGCUUCUAUUUCUCCUGUUUGGAGAAAGCGAUUAUAAACCCUUCCACUGUCCCUCUAAAUGCUUUGUCCUCCUCAUUUUAUCCACCCCCCCGUCAAAUCUGAACUUUUCCCCAAUGAUCCCCCUCCAUCCCAGGAACACUGCUUAGAGAGGAGGAGAGCAGGAGACUUUGCUCAAAUCUUAAACUGUGUCAGGUUUGAGUUUUAAGCAGAGAGAGCCAGGUAUAACGUAUAAAAGCGCCAUACGUAGAUUAUACCGGCCUUAACGGAGGAGCUAACGAGAGGGUUAUUUUUUGAGCAAAGCCUCCCGCUCUCCCUCCUCCCUAUCUUAUUAUUCUUUUUGUAGAAGGGUAAUUAAAGAAGAAAAUGUGAUAAAAAAGCUGGUUGGUCCGUUGGCUUGGUUGGUUGUGCAUUUGUGCAGACGCAUGCUUCGUUUUAAAAAGUUUAGAAAAACGCCGCAUUUCGAGUCGUCGACUCUUCCUUAUAUCACGUCGAAACCCAAACGAGCGCCUGCAGGGAGUCUGUCAGCAGUCAGGGACUAAAAACGUGUCAAUGUGAAGUAACGACUGUGAAGCCUGAACGUUGGCAGAGAUUGACUUUAACCUGGAGAUCUUAAGAAACUCAGGAACUUAUGAAGGAUGAAUGAGAGCACCUAAGCAGAGGAAGGGAG